UCGGGCCACCGGUAAUGGCGUCGUCCAUGAGCGGUAUGUUCCCCGGUCAGCAGCCGCCAACCGCGCACCCUGUAACCGGCGCGGGUGGCCCGGGCCAGCCCGGAUUCCCCGGUCCGGCGAACCGGAGUCAAGGAAGCAACACGCUGGUGGACGAACUGGAGGCCUCGUUCGAGGCAUGUUUCGCGUCGUUAGUAAGCCAAGACUACGUGAACGGAACUGACCAGGAGGAGAUCCGAACCGGUGUGGACCAGUGCAUUCAAAAGUUCCUGGACGUGGCCCGGCAGACGGAGUGCUUCUUCCUGCAGAAGAGGCUUCAGUUGUCUGUGCAGAAGCCAGAGCAGGUGGUUAAGGAGGACGUGUCCGAGUUGCGCAACGAGCUCCAGAGGAAGGAGAUGCUGGUGCAGAAGCACUUGUCCAAGCUGCAUCACUGGCAGCAAGUGCUGGAGGACGUCAGUAUGCAGCACCGCAAGCCCAGCGACCUGCCGCCCCCCGGACCCCUGGCGUUCUUGGAGCAGGCGUCCGCUAGCUGCCUCCCUGCACCUUUAAAGCCAAACUAAUGGGAUGCUUUUGGACUAUGCACAAAAGUCAAAUCACGAUGCAGACUUGAUGAAAUGCACUGAACUGGAGAUUUGUUAUAUGUGUUAUUACCUCUGCCAAGGACAACUCAUAUAAGGUGGGGGGAAAAAAAAUAAAAAAUUUAUAAAUUUGUCUAGACGUGCGUGGGCCGACAUUUGUCAGUGCGGGUUGACUUUCGGCUACAUGGCUUGAGGCCAAGUGGGGCUGUGACCAACCUAAUCCAGAAAAAAAUUGAGCUGCAAUGGCGAGGGUUAAAAACAACAACAACAACAACAGUAGUAGGCCGUUGGAUCCCAAUUCGGAAUGGACAAUACUGCCACCUAAAGGAUCGGAGUGGAACAGCAUUGACCACUCACUGGACAAAUGGGAGUAUUAAGAUGAAGGAAAAAUGUGGAAUAUUAUAAGACUGAGGCUGUAAAAUUACGAGAUUGAAGUUGUUAUACUACAAUAAAAAAUAAAGCAGUCGAAAUUGUUCUUGUAAUGUAUGGUGUUCUUGUAAGCUCAGGACUUUUUUUUCCCACUCCCUCUUGAAAUUACAAUUUGUUUUCUCAUAAUAUUCUAUUGACUUUCUGGUAAUAUUAAUUUAAAAUUAAAAUGAGGGAAAAAAUCCUCAUUGCCACUCUAAAAAUUAUAGCUUUUUUUCCACGUUCCAAUUUUGGUGUUGUAAUAUUCUCUUUUUGUAAAAAUAUUUCUCCCAUCUUUUUUCCCCCUUCACAUUUUUUACUCAUUGUAACUGUUUUUAAAGAAAAAUGUAACUUCUUUCCUCAUAAUAUUCUGAUGUAUUCUUGAUAUUUUUUGUAAAAUAAUAUUGUAACUUAAUUCUCUU